GACACAUCCGUGAUAUUUCAAGCGGUACAGUGCCUUACAUGUUUGGAAAAUUGCUGACAAUUCUUAUAGGGAAGUUACUGUAUCACCUAAAUUUCGUUGGACUAUCAAAUCGCAUGAUGAAGAAGCGAUGGGAUAUACAUGUAUUCACUCUCGUGGCUUUAAUUUUUUUCUUCGAUUACUGUACCUCAGCCGUCCCAAGACCAGAUAACCUUGCCUACAAGAAACCAACCAAAACCUCUGCAGGAAAGGUCAUCGCGGGUUUUGGGCAUACCAAGGCGGUGGAUGGUGACCGCACGGCAAAUCUUCUAGCAACCAAGUCGUGUUUUCAAUCCGCCUUGGUACCCGAGGCUUUCUGGUCGGUGGAUCUGCAGGCUAUCUACAAUGUCCGCAUCGUCUUACUGGUCAACAAUAAGGAGAAGUAUUUCAUGGGCAAGGAAAUGAAAAUAAUGUUGACAGAGGAAUUCGACUCCACCAACCUUUGGAAGAGUAACUACACAAUGAUAGGCCACCAGAUGAAAUUUCUUCAGGCCAAUGAGAUCAAGCUCUACAGGUGUCCCACCACCAGGUGCAUGGCACGAUAUGUUGUGCUCAUAAGACAGCCCGCUUCAUUUGAACCUCUCGUAUUCUGUGAGAUUGAGGUCUAUGAUCGGAACACGCUGGAGAACCUCGCCUUGCAGAAGAAUUCCGAGUCCCUGAGCGGAAAAGGCGGCCAGUAUCUCGCACCGAAUGGUAACGACGGGUUCCCCAGCUCCACCUUCUCCGAUGGGAGCUGCUUCCAAUCCGCCGACAAGCCGCUUGAGGAACGGGAGUGGUGGCGGGUGGACAUGGGACGGGAGUACCAGGUCAGGAAGAUGACCAUGACCACCAGGGGGGACUGUUGUGGUGAGUCUUUCUUCAACGUCCAGUUCCUGGUCGGCAAAGACUUCAUCGCCGAAGAUGCCUACAAUGACGCAUUCACUGAAUGUAAAUACCAGCAGAGCAUUGUCCCUAAGGGGAACAUAAAGGACUUCUUCUGCAAAAGACCCGCGGUUGGCAGGUAUGCCGUCGUAGCCAAGAAGACAUCCAUGCUGUCACCGCUCAUGUUCUGCGAGUUGGAAGUAUUCGGUCAUAUUCCUGAAGUGAACUACGCGGAAAACAAGCCAACCUUGCAGAUUGAUGAAAUAGGUACAACUAAUCGGUCAUCGAGCCAGGGCGCAGACGGUAACAUCAACCCUGACUUCAAUGACUUCUCGUGCAUCGAGACCCCGGGGAAACAGAAGAAGGAAUGGUGGUCUGUGGAUCUUGGCGUUGUUGUCAGGGUCAGGAAUGUCGUCAUUGUCAACCGUGGAGACUGCUGUGGUGACCGUCUAAAGAACUUCAAAGUUCUUGUCGCUAGGAGUUUCGAUCCGAAAAAGUUCGAAAGCAACACGUUUGUGUUGUGUCAUGAUCAGAAGGCGGCCAUUCCCGCGGGCCAUAUCAAGCCACUAUAUUGCCCCACAGCUCCCGUGGGCAAGUAUGUUAUCGUCGUCAAGGAGCCAGCCCUCAAAGAUCCCCUAAGCUUCUGUGAGCUCGAGGUAUACGGAUAUGCAGAUGACGGAAACCUCGCCUAUGGGAAACCGACUAAUCAAAGGAGCACCUACUGGAAGUACAAGUCGGACCUUGCAGUGGAUGGCGAUCAAGAAGGAGAGUGCGCUACAGCCAUGACAGUCGAACCCAACGCCGGCGAAGUCUGGUUCCACAUUGACCUGUUGGGAUAUUACGAGAUUGACAAACUGGUAGUCGUCAAUAAAAGAGAUUGUAAAAACUUCUGUCUGCGCGACUUCUACAUCUACAUUUCCCGGGAAUUCGACAAGAACAAGGUGAACCCAUACAACUACACCCUCUGCCACCAUCAAGUUCAGAGGUUAAACAGCGCAGAGAGGAAGUUCGUCAAAUGUAAACAGCCAAUCAUUGGUCGCCACGUCACCAUCAUCGCUGAAGGGAACUAUCCAUUGACGAUCUGUGAGAUCGAGGUGUAUGAAUCGAGUGUUUGGGAAAAUCUUGCCAUCAACAAGAAAACGAUUCAAAGCAGUGAUGUAUCCGUCACAUCAGGUAGUGCAAGCCUGGCGGUGGAUGGAUGGCGCAUGACCGACUUCGACCGAAAGUCAUGCUCCAUGACGACGGGUAUGGACAGAGAGGAAUGGUGGAGCGUGGACUUGGGCAAAGUUUACAGGGUCCGCAGGAUUGUUAUUGUGAACAGGGAAGAUGGAUUUGCAUUCAGGCUUAAGAACUUCAGAGUUCUUGUCGCCAAGGUGUUCGUCCCGGGGAAGCUUGCCUCCUCUGUUGUGACCAUGUGCUAUGAACAGCAGCACGCCAUGGGCCCAGGAGAGGUGAAGGAUGUAAACUGCAACCAGCCAACGUUUGGCCAGUAUGUCAUCGUGUCCAAGACGACCAUGUCGCCGCUGACGUUGUGUGAAGUUGAGGUGUACGGAUCAUCAGCCGAAUUGAAUAUCGCUCUUCUAAAGGAUGCGAUACAGACAGGGGAGACGGAUCCGACCGUCUCAGAUCGUCUAAGCUCCCGGGCUGUGGACGGCAACACUGACAACAACAUCUACGGCGGCUCGUGCAUGGAGACCCCAGGAAAGGAGGAUCUUGAAUGGUGGAGCGUGGAUCUGCGAGAUGUUUUCAGGGUCAUUUCUGUCGUCAUCUACAACAGGGGAGACUGCUGCGGAAACCGGCUCCGAAACUUCCGUAUCAUGAUCGCCAUGAUGUUUGAUGCCCAGAAGGUCCACCAGACCAUGUUUACUGUUUGUCACGCGCAGACGGCGUCUCUUACGACGGGAGAGAUGAAACGGAUGGACUGCAAAUCUAACAGGGCAAUAGGACGUUACCUGAUCAUAAUGAAGGAGGGGGCUAAGGGGGACCCAUUGCAAUUCUGCGAGGUGGAGGUCUAUGGGAACAAAAACUAUACAGACCCGAAAAUAACAGCUGCUCAGAAUAAAGCAGUUGGCAUGGCAGCAGCUGCCGGCUCCUCCCAAGGAACCAACACACCUAGCAAAGCCACGGACGGUAACCCCACCCCCGACCCAAACUCUGGGUUCUGCUUUGUCUCCAGAGCUGACAAGGUUGUCGCGUGGUGGAAAGUGGACCUCAAGUACACGUACGAGAUAGAAUAUGUCACUAUCUCAUCGAAUGGUUCCUACCUCCUUUUGGACAUCCUAGCGACCGAUUCCUUCGACGUGAAACACCUAGAGGUCCUCUAUCCCGCCCUGACAUACACCGGCCCGAUAACAACAACAGUUGCUCCUACAACGACAACGGCCAGCGGAAUAACGACCACAGAUAGUCCUCCAACAACAACCACGCCGCAGACUCCAGUGACAUUAGGAUACACCGUCUGCAAAAAAUAUAUGGGAAGGCCGUUCUCUGGCGAAUUGAAGGACAUCAGGUGUGACCCAAACACGAAAGGCCGCCAUGUUAUUUUUGUCAAGAAGUCGGCCUAUCAAGAUCCUCUUGUGAUCUGUGAGGUGGAGGUCCAUGGCAAGGGAGGCCCACCAUCCACCACCAGUAUGCCUACCACAAGCGAAAAGCCCACCACACCGCCACCGACAACUCAAGCAGCCACGCCGUCACCUGAACCUGCCACGAAUGCGCUGAAGCCAACCCUUGCGGCGAUCAUGGCGUUGACAAUCGUGGGAACCUCGAUCGGGGCCAUCUUCAUGCUGAAGAAGAAGUUUACCAGCUAUGGGUUGUUCGGGAACGUAACUUCUCCGUCUGCCCCGGGUGGUCCUAGCACCCCGGUCAAGUCCGGUGGUCCGCCAAUCACCCCUCCUCCUGGUAUGACGACGGUCAACUGAUGUGCCGCAGCAUUGUUUUUUAGUUUGUAGCAGGAUAACCACAUGAUACAUGUUCAUGUAAUUACCAAGUUUUUAUUAGAUGAACAUUAAUCACAUGCACAUACAUGUAACUGGAAGAACGCAAGCGAGUUUUACUGAGAAUUGCUUCGACUAGUUUGUACCCCUGGACUUCAGUCGGACACCGACGUAGAUUGUCUCAAGCGGGUGCCAACAAGUUGUGAUAGCUCCUGGUGGAUAUUACAGUACAAUUUGAUGCAAGAAGGGGAAUUUUUGUGGACAAAAGGAAAUUGUGAUACAUUAUUGUGAUGUGAAUUCUCUUCAGUGUGACUUAACAGUCUCUAAAUAAAUAAAAUACUGUAGA